AUGUCCCUUUCUUCUGACGAAACGAAGGAGAAACAGCUCGUGGAGAAGGUGGAAUUGCGCCUGGCUAUUGCAGAUUCCCCUCAAAAGUUCGAAACUAAUCUGCAGACAUUUUUGCCUCCAUUGCUACUAAAGCUAGCUUCUCCACAUGCCUCUGUUAGAACGGCAGUAUUUUCUGCGCUAAAAAAUCUUAUUUCUAGGAUAAACACGCUGCCCCAGGUUCAGCUUCCCGUAAGGGCGCUUAUUGUCCAGGCAAAACAGCCCAAUUUAGCCGCUCAUCAAGACUCGACCAAUGUCCGUCUUUACAGCCUGCUACUGGCAUCCAAAGGCAUAGAUAGACUUUCCUUGCAAGAAAGGCAGCAGUUGCUACCGUUAGUCGUUUCGAACAUCUCUGGUCUCACAGGCACAGUAGCCGCCAGAAUGUUCCACAUCCUUGUGAAGCUUAUUUUGGAGUGGGUUGCUCCUCAGGACUCCUCACAUGAGCAAGAAGAAUUUGUUCAGUUUUUGCAACUGGACGACGACAGUUUUUCGUAUUUGAUGCGCCAAUUUACCAGAUUCUUCCUGCUAAUGCCCUCGAAGCAGGUUCAGACUUCACAACAACCUCUGUCAAGAGGUUACACAUGUCCGGGCCUAUCCCUGGCAGAUGUAGCGUUCUUUACUCAUGAUGCGGGUGUUACUUUCAACAAGGACCAGCUGCACAAGUCCAAAAAGGCUAUCUUCCAAUUUGUUUGUCGUGGUAUGGGGGUUGCCCAAACUGUUGAUCAAUCACCCAGGAUGAUUGAACUGAUGAAAUUUUUGUCCGUUGCCUCUACGGAUUCUACAACUUUAUCUGAUGAUGCGGCACAAUUCAUGAAGCGGUUUUCCAUGCCAUACGAAAACGAGGAGUUCAUUACUUUUCUACAGUCGCUGUACAUCGGCAAUACAGUAAAUGGAAGACCACCCGUCAAGCCCGUCUUGCAAGAAAAGAUUCUUUCCAUAUUAAACAGAAGUCAAUUCGCUACCACCAAAGCAGAAUGUAUUUCUUUGAUCUGCUCUAUUGGAUUGCACUCAUCUGAGUAUAAACUCAGAUCUUUGACCCUUUCGUUUAUUCGUCACGUAGCAAAAUUGAACUACCAAAAUUUAAAUCCUGCUUUGUCAGCACCUUCAUCGACAGACUUUUCCACUAGUAUUGUUUCCUUAAUUAGGAAUAAUCUUCAUGCGGAAGGCUGGCCUAAGUUACAAUUGGGGCCUCAGACCCCGGCUUUCAAUACUGCAAUUUUGCAGAGACAAUUGCAAUAUGAAACAUUGGGUGAUAUCUUGAAAAGAGAUUUUGACCUCGUAAGUGACUUAUCCUAUAUUGAAUUCCUAUUCGAAUCCUUAGAAAACGACCUACCGCAAUUUCGCUCCAGUAUUCAGGAGUCUCUGCUUUCUUUAGUGGGUCAUUUGUCAAAUUUGCCUUCUCAAUCCAAAUUAAAAUUGAAAGCUUUGCUCAGGAAAAAUCUGUUAAUUGACGAGCAACAGCGAGAGGAUAAUAAUGAUACCAUUAAUUCUAUAAUGGCGCUUAAAUUUGUUUCUAUAAAAUUCGCUAACGCCGGUUUUCCCUUCCAUGAUCCUGAGGCAAGAUUAUUCAAUAUUUGGGGUACCGCAAGAACAAAUAGAUUUGACAUUAUUGAAGAAUCCUUUAAGGGACUACAGCCGUUUUGGUUCAGGGUCAAUAAUGCUUCUAUCAAUACAUCAGCUACUGUGAAAACGUCGGAUCUACUAGGUUCUCAAUUGUCAGAGACUGAAUUUCCCCCAUUCAGCGAAUUUCUACAGAUUUUUAUUGACCAGCUAGAUUCCGAAUCUCCAGCAAUUACACGGAAAUCACUAGACAAUGCUGUCAGGUUCAGUAAGCAAUGCCUCAUUUCCAAUGCAAUAUACCGUAAAAAAACAAUGGUUAUCCAAGAUGAAGACUGGUCGAUUAGAAUAGACAAAGCUUUGGAACUCGACGAUACGGUUGUGUCCCAAGUUAACGAAAUGGUUCAGGGAAUGAACGAUGAUAUUUUUAUUCGCUAUUUAACUCUUCUGUCAAACGAGUUCACUGCUACGAACGGUAAGGGUGAACAAGUAGCAAUCUUUCCAUAUCAAGAUCCGAUUUUUGGUUCUGUCUUAUUAACGUUAUUGAAUUUUGUAAGCACUAAUGUAUUACGGAGACUGGAGGUUCUUGUUCCAGAUUUAUACAAUCUAUUGAUCAUGAAAUUUCAAUCGUUAAGUGAUAAUGAUCUGGAAGUCUGUGCGACCAUCAUUGGUAUCGUUUCUACUGCAAUCGCAGACUCGGCUCACGUUAAGCAAAUCACAAACAUAGUUCAAUCACAAAAAAUGGCAGAAACAUAUGUUGCAUCUUAUGUUGUUCCGAGAUUGUAUUUGAAAGAUCAGACAGGUAACAUUCAAUCUGAUAGUAUCCUAAACCUGCUAAACAAUUUGACAACCUAUCUUUCGCACUCCACCACUAACAAGGAUAUGAUAUUAAGGUUGGUCUGUCAAGUGACAAAAUUAGGUCUACUUCUCCAAGUAAGUACGCAAGAAAGGAAGAAGUUCUUGAAACAAAUCAUGGAUACUAUACAAGGCAAACUGAUUAAUGAUGUGACAGCCAUUCAAACGUGGUCAUAUUUAUCAUUAUAUUCAAUAGAUUUAGAGAAUUCCAAUCUUUUUCAAGAGAAGUUACUCGAAACUAACGUUUCUAAGCAAAACGAUUUUCUGUUUUCGGUUGGCGAAUCCUUAACUGUCGUGGCUGGUAAAUGGUCAAGUAAGUAUUUGACCAAACAGAUUGAUGUUCCAAAUUUCAAUGUUGAGAUUAUGCAGCAAAAAUUUCCCGCUACAAACAUUACGAUCAUACUUGAUGAGAUUCUUUCAGGUUGUGAUUCCACAAAACCCUCUCUAAGAAAGGCAUCUUGUAUUUGGUUGUUAUCAUAUAUUCAGUACUUGGGUCAUUUACAAGAAGUAAAUUCUAGGUGUAAUGACAUUCACUUGAGAUUUAUGAGAUUUUUGGCAGACAGAGAUGAAUUUAUACAGGAUUCAGCCGCUAGAGGACUUUCUUUGGUUUACGAAAUUGGUGGUUCUGACUUAAAGGAAAGUAUGGUCAAAGGGUUACUUAAGUCUUUUACAGAGUCAACCGCAGGAGCUGCAUCUACAAGUGCUACUGGCAUUUCAGGUUCGGUCUCAGAAGAGACGGAAUUAUUCGAACCAGGAGUUUUAAACACAGGAGACGGGUCCAUUAGCACUUACAAAGAUAUUUUAAAUUUAGCAUCAGAAGUUGGCGACCCCGCACUUGUUUACAAAUUUAUGUCUCUUGCCAAAAGUUCGGCUCUAUGGUCGUCUAGGAAAGGUAUUGCGUUCGGUCUUGGCGCCAUCAUGUCUAAAUCUUCUUUAGAAGAAUUAUUACUGAAGGAUCAACAAACUGCUAAAAAACUGAUUCCAAAAUUGUAUAGGUAUAGAUUUGAUCCAUUCCAAGCAGUAUCACGCUCUAUGACAGACAUUUGGAAUACAUUAAUUUCGGACUCCUCCUUGACGAUUUCCCUCUAUUUCGAUGCUAUUCUUGAUGAACUUUUAAGUGGUAUGGCUAAUAAAGAAUGGAGGGUGAGAGAGGCAAGUACUUCGGCUUUAUUACAAUUGAUUCAAUCUCAACCGCAGGAGAAAUUCUCAGACCAAAUGCUGAAAAUUUGGACAAUGGCAUUUAGAACCAUGGAUGAUAUAAAGGAUAGUGUCCGUGAAGUUGGUACGAAGUUCACCACCGUAUUAGCCAAAAUAUUGGCAAAAUCUAUAGAUGUGGAAAAGGGUGUGAAUCCUGUUAAGUCUAAGGAAAUAUUGGACAACAUCUUGCCAUUCUUAUUGGGGCCACAUGGCUUAAACAGUGAUGCAGAAGAGGUUAGAAAUUUUGCGCUCACGACUUUGAUUGACUUAGUGAAACACUCCCCUGGGGCCAUCAAACCAUUCACUCCAAGUUUAGUUUACGACUUUAUUACAUUGUUUUCUUCCAUUGAACCUCAGGUAAUUAACUAUUUGGCAUUAAAUGCUUCAAAUUAUAAUAUCGAUGCUAAUGUCAUCGAUACACAAAGGAAAAAUGGUGUCACCAAUUCUCCUCUAUUCCAGACCAUCGAAAAAUUGAUUAACAAUUCAGAUGAUUUUAUGAUGGAAGAUGUAAUCAACGUAGUUAUUAAAGCCACUAGGAAAUCUGUCGGUUUGCCGUCUAAGGUCGCCUCCUCACUUGUCAUGAUUCUCUUAGUGAAGCGGUACUCUAUUGAAAUGAAACCCUAUUCUGGGAAGUUAUUGAAAGUCUGCCUGACUAUGUUUGAAGAUAGGAAUGAGUCUGUUAGUGUAGCAUUUGCAAUUUCAAUGGGAUAUUUGUUCAAGGUUUCUACAUUGGAUAAGUGUAUUAAAUACUCUGAAAAAUUAAUAAUGAAAUACUUUGAGGCCAUGUCAACAGAAAAUAAUAAGAGGAUUGUUGGUACAGCAAUCGACUCGAUUUUGAAUUAUGCCAAGUCAGAAUUCGAUAAUGUAGCGAGUAUAUUCAUGCCUUUGAUAUUCAUAGCAUGCAAUGAUGAAGAUAAAGAUUUGGAAUCCCUAUACAAUAAAAUCUGGACAGAGGCUUCCAGUUCUGGCGCCGGUACGGUUAAGUUAUACCUGCCGGAAAUUUUAAACGUACUUUGUACAAAUAUUAAAUCGAAUGAUUUCUCCAUUAGAAAAACAUGUGCCAAAUCAGUCAUACAGUUAUGUGGCAGUAUUAAUGAUAACAUUCCUUAUUUACAAAUCGUUAAGCUAUUUGAUAUAUCUAAGGAGGCACUAAGUGGUAGAUCAUGGGAUGGUAAAGAGCAUAUAGUGGCUGCAUUGGUUUCAUUGACAGAAAAAUUCUCUCAAACUGUGGCCGGCGAUAAUGAUCUACAGGAAUCAAUCAAUCAUGUAAUGUACGCUGAAGUUUCGAGAAAAAGCAUGAAAUACGUCAAAAAGAUCCUACCACUUUAUGCCAGAUAUAUCAACGUGAAUCCACAAGAAGAAACAAUCACAUUAUUAAUUGAAAAAUCCAGAGAAAUGAUUCGAUCGCUGAGCAGCGAAUCUGAUGAUAGUGAAGAUCCCACUAGGCAAACUUCUAAUGAAUCCACAAUAAAAAGAAUCAAGCCUAACACUGGAAUUACACAAAAGUCAUCUAAACAGAAUAUUGAGAACGAAGAGUAUGUGAUCAACUUGUUAAAAGUUAGUGCUGACAUAUGCAACAAUUCUAAAUCGAAGUAUCCGUUAAAGUUAUUGGAGUUCAUUAUAGAUGAAGUUGCAUACCUUUUCCAUAAUGACAGAAUUAUAUACACAUGGAGAACACAACUAGCUGCUAGUGAAAUUGGUAUCUCAAUAGUUGGAAAAUUUGAUACUGUUAGUAGCACUGAUUUUAUCCGAAAUCUGAGUAAACUGUGGGAUCAAAUUUUUUCAAUAAAUUGUAACAAAGAAACCGUUGAAAAUGUCAAAUUGCAAAUGAUAAAAUUCGGCGGUUUGGUUAUUCAGAAAAUUCCAAGUUUACAGAACAAUAUCGAAGAAAACUUAAGGUUGUUGAACAGCAUCGAUUCAACUAGUAGAAUAGAGUUGGAAUUAAAAAAUAUUGGUCUAUAA